AUGUUAAGACGACGUUCGAAUGUCGCCUGGGUGGUUCUUAUUGUGAUCGUUUUUCUCCUAUACAGGAGUUUAGGGCCACAUCCGUUGCCCCAAGGAUCGGCUAGAAAGAGUCUAGGGUACCGUAAUAAGCAAACUGUGCAACGUAAGACGGAUUUGUUGAAUGCGGAUAUAUCGCAGGCUUUGAAACGUCAGCCAUGGGACCUGUCUCCGAUUAAUCACCGUAUUACCAAGCAAAAGUAUGAGGAUGAAGAAGUGGUUGCGUUUGCCUCGAAUUUGGACGUAGACAAAGUAUUGGUCAAGAAAGCCAAGGCAGCUAAGAAAAAUGAACAAGAUGGUAAUCAAUUGGGGUUAACAUUUGGUUCUAAGGAUUACAAAAAUUCAAUUACUUGCGAAGAUUUGGCAUACCGUUCUGUGAUUCAGCAUUCCCAGGAGAAAGCUCAAUUGCAUGAUGAUCUUGCCGAAUUGAGGCACCGUCUGAUGAGUGUACCAAACUUUCUUUCCAAGGAAGUUACAGGUGAAGAUGAGGAAGAAAUGACUGUGCCUGAGAUUAUAGAGAAGAAAUGGUACCAGUUUGGUAGUUCUGCAGUGUGGCUUGAAUCGGAGCAAUGUUAUGUUGUUUAUUCGAGAGUUAUUUACUCGUCGAACCAUAUCAAGAAUCAUCCACACCUUUCUCUAGUAAGAGCACAGGCCUUUGAUAAGGAUUGGAAUGAGAUCAAGGGCAAAAGGAUACCCUACGUGGACGUACCAAGACCAGCUGAUAUGCAGGCGGCCUUGAGACAAAUUGAUGAAGAAAUUGGUAUUUCAGAUUGUAGUGUUCACAGAUCUAAUCAAUUAGCAUAUGAUGCCUGCGUUGUCGAAAACACGAGGAACGGACUGACUGCGGAUAAGAGAAGAGAGAGUAUCCUCUCGAAAUUUUAUAUGACUUACCCAACAAUUUUGAAUAUUCCUUUCAAGACUGAUGGUGACUGGAAGGGACCGGAAGAUCCACAUGUUGUUUUGAGACGAACCGAACACGGGGAAGAACCCGUCGUUAUUUACAACAUUCGUGACGAGGAUUUAGACAGACGGAUUAUGGUGGCUUUCUUACCUCACAGAAAGAUUGAACCAAUGGUUAAAUUUAGCAUCGGUGGACGUGAACAAAGAGAAAUAGAAAAGAACUGGACACCUUUUUUCCAUCGCAAUGUUGGUGAGUCCCUAAUAUCUCGCGGUUUUAUCCAUUUCAUUUACAGUUUUAGUCCACUGGAAAUCUUGAAAUGCUCUCUGAACGACGGUGUGUGCAAUCUUGUCUUCGAGGCUGAUACGUUGAAAAUCAGUGAGUCAAACAAGUUUGGUGGUAUAAGAGGUGGUACACAGUUUAUUCCAUUGCCAGACGUUUUGCCCCAAGUUGAUGGAGCGCAGGUAUGGAUUGGUUUCCCCAAACAACAUAUCGAUGAAUGCGGUUGUGGUAGUGUUUAUUACAGACCAAUGUUUAGUGUUCUUGUCGAACGCGAUGGUGUUUAUAGCCAAGAAAUGAUGGUUCCAGCGAUGGGUUUCAACAUGGAUGUUCUUGCUUGGGAUCUGAAGACGACUGCUUGUAAAGAAACUAAUAUUUUAAGUCCGAACUCUAUCGCUUAUUGGGGAGUUGCUGGGCAAGAUCCACACACCAGAAAGUAUGAAGAUUAUCUGAUCAUAACAGUUUCUGAGGCCGAUUCCAUUAGCAAAGUGAUUACGUUGAAGGGUGUCCUAAACUAUAUUCUCGGUAUUUAUAGAGAAAAGGAUAUCAUGGAAAAGUUUGCGAUUAACGAACAAGCAGAUGAGAUUAUAGGUCAAACAUUACACUGUCUAAUUUCUUCUGCGUUUGAUAGUUGUAAGGCAUACGGUGAAGCCCAUCCUGAAAUUAAAGAAGAAGAAAAACAAGAGUAA